AUGUGUGGCCAGGCAGACGGGCUGCAGCCACGAACGCUCGAGGUCCUCAAGACCAUGGGAUUGGCUGAUCCAAUACUGCAGGAUGGAUGUUACUUGUGGGAAAUGAUGGUCCGGAAGCCAUCCAAGGACGGGACUAUCGAGAGGUUCUCCGUCAUUGAUAACAAAGUUGGUCCUGCAAGAUACCAGCGGGCCAUUACUAUCAGCCAAGGAAUUAUUGAGCAAGUGUUUGAUGACGAUUUGGCUCAUCACUCUCAACGAGGAGUUCGACGUAAUAGCAGAUUGGUUAGUGUAUCUCUUGACGAAGACAGUGAUCCGGACUUCCCAGUCAUUGCAACUAUCGAGACAGACGGGGUGCCACAAACAGUACGAACCAAAUUCCUUGUUGGAACCGAUGGUGCACAUUCGACUGUUCGGAAAUGCGCUGGAAUUCAACUCAACGGAGAGUCUAUUGAUGACUUCUGGGGAGUGAUAGAUUUCGUUGCUGAUACUGAUUUCCCGGAUAUUCGGAGGUUUGGUCGAGUCCAUUCACGAAAAGGCACCAUCAUGGUUAUUCCUAGGGAACAAACCGUGGAUGGAGAUUAUUUGACACGCCUAUACGUUCAAAUGCCACAGCAGGAGGAGUCGGAAGAUGAAAACCCUCGCACCGAAGGCAAUGGCACAGAGCCGAGGAGGUCUCGUAAGAGCCAAAUUACACUGGAAAAGAUCUUCCAGAAGGUCUCUGAGAUAUUUGAGCCAUACUAUAUCCGACCCAAGGCAGGUGUGGAUAUCAACUGGUGGACUGUAUAUCAAAUUGGCCAGCGAAUAGCUGAAAGGUUUGCCAUGAAGGAUUCCAAAGGUUUGGGUAGAGUUAUUCUCGCCGGAGAUUGUAUGUUGUCUUUAUUUCAUUCAGUUUAA